GUUUUGAUUCUGGAAACGGCCAUAUUUACUAGAUGGUAGAGAAUCCGGUAAUAAAAAUCAACAAUCAUCGGCUUCACAUCCGAGUAAAACAGCAAUAUUAUCUUCUUAUAUUAUUUUCAAACAUUUAUUUUUCAUCUAGGAAUCGGUUUUGACCUUCUGUUUAAAGAAGGUCGGUUGCAUACACGGUUUUAAAUUGACACCCAUCGAAUCUAGUUUACAGUCAUAAAAAUGGCUUGCGGAGCAACAUUAACGUUGAAAAGGAAUCUUGAAUUUGAUCCUAUACACAGUCCGGGACAAACAACACCAAAGAGACGUAGAUGUAUGCCAAUGACUAUGUCGCCGUCCACACCACCAACGAAGCAACAUCAAGUAAAUCCAUCACCGUUUGGAGAAGUUGGUCAGAAACUGACAUCGGAACAAAUUGCUGCCAGUAUUGGAAAUGAAAUUAAACGUAUGCACAGAAGAAAACAACUACAGUAUUCUGGUAUUCAGACACCACCAAACAUGUCCCCACCACAUGAAUCUUCAUCGAGUCUGUCCAUUGAUGGAUCGGCAUCACCAUCAUCUUCAACUGGCAACAUGUUCAGUGCAUUAUCUCCAAACAAAAGAGAAAUGCCAUUGUUUACCUUCAAGCAAGUCAGUAUGAUAUGUGAGCGCAUGCUGAAAGACAGAGAAGAACAGAUUAAAAAUGAAUACAACUCGGUACUUACUUGUAAAUUAGCAGAACAAUAUGAGGCAUUUCUGAAAUUCAACCAUGACCAGAUACAGAGAAGAUUUGCUACAGAUCAGCCAGUCAGUUAUGUUUCAUGAUGUCGGUGUCAGCUAAGUAACUGCCAAUCAACAUGUGUUCCAUUGAUUCAAACAUUCACAGACUUGCAUUUACAGUUAAACAUUGUCAUUGCCAAAGGAGAGGUGCUCUGCAAACUUGAAUUUCUACUCUUGCGGCAUUGAAUCAUGUGUGUGGGUUAAUUUUGUCUCGCUUUGCUGAUGUCGGAUACACCUGUUCCUAUUGAAAUGUCUUUCUGUAGCAAUUAACAUUUGUUUUGUGUGUAUUAUGGCCGAAGUUUACAACUAUUUAAAUGAAAUAAAUGAGAAUCUGUGCAUUUUGGGAGUAUGAUAUAGUAAGACAUAGUAUUGUAAAACUUGUAUGUAUAAGCAUGUAAAUUUACAAGACAUAACUUUAUAGUGAAUUCAUCUACAGCCAAUCAUGCUGGUCUCUCGCAUAAACACUUUCAGCCGGUCAUGAUGUUGUCUUGUGAUUUCAGACAGACCAUGUUGGUUUAUUAUUGUGUUGGGUAUAUUAUCCAAACUGCCACACUUGAGAAACUUGUCAUAUAAACAAUGGGAUUAAAUGUAUAUUAUUUUGUAAAUUGCAUGACUGAUCCAUAGAUUGUAUACAUGUGUGCUUAUCUUUUGUAUUGAGUGACUAGUAAAAGUUGUUCCAGAGAACAUGAUCAAAUUUGUAAAUACUUGCUGAAAUGAAUGAAUUUGCCUAAAAGCGUUUGGUGUUUUAUGAAAAGUUAGCAUAUCUAGUUCAUAGACCUUUUUUUUUUGUUUUAACUGCGUUACGAUUUUACACAGUUGUGUUGUGAAUUUCAUUAAUUGCCGUACAUGUAAUUCCAGAUGUACAUUUCAUUUUUUUUGGUGAAAAAUUCAGCAUGCAGUUAUGUACAGUUUUAUUUGGUCAAUCCGUCACAUUUGAGGACUGAUUUACCAGUUUUUGCCUGUUAUAACAAUUAUAAGCUUGAACUUUUAUUAUUUUGAACAUUUAACUCCACUGUAUUUUUUAAUUUUGAUAGCGAUUGUUUUCAGUUUCAUCCAGUUUUUUAGUUCAAUGUAAUUUUUUUAAUGUUUUAAAUUAUAUUGAAAAUUUCACAACUGUUAUGACUAGAUUUUCGCAUACACUUGCCUUUUUUUUAGCUCGCCUAACCAAAUAUUUUCACCAGUCAAUGCCAGUAUUUCAAAUUCUGUUUAAAAUGAAGAAGCUAUUUAAGAAUGGAACAAAAUAAAAAUGAUCAUUAAGGGGAUGCAUAAUUUGAAACAAUUUGAUUAGAAAACAGAAGGUAAGAACAUUUUUGCAUAUUUUUAAUUCGUUGGUUAGCACGGUUAGGGUGUCCCAAAAAACCUUUUUUGCUGCCUUUUGAAAUAAUGCAUCUGCUAGCCAGAGGAAACUAAUUUACCAUAGAAUAUUAUACAGUAUAUAGAUAUUGAGUAUACAAAUAUAAACCUACACUUAAGGUGUGAUUCUUGACAGUGUACAUUGUAUAUUUAAAACUGAGAGUUAAUUCGUACAGCUAGAAAUACCAUGUAUGUGUAGUUAUCAUAUUUAUUUAAUCCUAUCUAUUUGAAAAUCUAUACUUGUUUAUUCCAUCUCAAAAUCUUUAAUAUUGAAAUUUUUUGAACAGUUUUAAUAUUACCUUGAAUGGUAGAUUUCAGAAUUACAUGAAAUUAAGUCACUUUGUAAUGUUUAUCAAACUUCAGAAUUUGUUUCAUUUCCUUUUUCUUAUUCUGUAAAAUCACCCAUUUUCUCAUCUGCUCAUGAAAGUUAGGAUUCAAGUUUUUGAACUUUGUCAAUGAUUUUGACCAGCUGCUUUGUUGUCCUGUGGUGAAAUUUGUAUUUCACAUUUUCAUUCAUUCAUGCACAUAUUGUGAAUAAUUAGAAAAAAAUACAUUUUAAGUAAUGAAAUAUCUUUCUCAUUUAAGCUAUUUCUCAUUGUUUGUUGAAAGAUGUUGGAUUUUGACGAUGAAUAAAAAUAUGAAACAAAAAAGUCAGAUUCUCAUUACUUAAUUCAUACUUUGGUAAAUUAAAUAAUCUUGAAAGACAUACAUGAUGAAAUGAUGUAAUCUUGAACUUCAUACAGGUUUAGUAUAGAGCCAAUGUUCAGUUCUUUAUCUCAAUGACAUGAAAUAUUUGCCUUCUUUUACUCUUAUUUAUAACCAUUGUUAUUAUUUUUUGUUGGCAUUAUUUUAUGUUGUUUUAUAACACAGGUAGUGUUUUAAUUUAAAUGUAGUAACUUAAUUCUGUAUAUAUUUAUAUAAUAUAAACUUGUUACAUUGUACAUGCAGAAAAUGAAAAAGAAAUAAAAUUCUGUAUUAUGUUA